AUGGUUUCUAAACUCACUGACGAGAUUGCUACACAGAGAGAGAGGGCAAAGCAGAAGGAGGAGGAAACAACAUCACAAAUCAGCAUGCUGCAGCAACAGUUCAACUCUUUUAUUCAAUUUGCAGGGAUUCUUCCUCCUUGUUCUGGUGAUGCAGUUCGGGAUACAAAAGUUCUAGGCCUACUAGAUGAUAGCACCACAGAUGAUAAAUCAGAUCAUGUGUGUGCGACUGAGGAUGCGGAUGACGAAGAAGAUGAUGAGUGGGAGGUGAAUAAUCAAGAAAGUAUAAAGAAUAUCACAGGGUCUUCACAACAGCAGCAACAGGAGCACGACGAACUUGUCAACUCAGAGAUUCAUAGUCCUCAACCCACUGUAACCAAUAAAGAGAAAUUAGAGUUAACAGGCAUGGAUAAUACUAAACAAGAGAGUAAAUAUAAAGAUAAUGACAAUGAUGCAGGAAAAGACACUCAUAAUUCUAGAAAUAAUCAAGCUAUGAGUCAUACAGAGGAGAUAACAAUGAAGUCGAUGUAA